AUGUUCCAGCCAAAACAAUUGAAGCAAUUCGCUGCCCAAUGUCUGGCAGAACUAUUUGGCACGUUUCUUCUUAUCCUUAUUGGAAACUUGUCUGUGGCUCAGUUUAAGUUCACCAAACCAACGCCCAACAACAACAUUGGAGUGAAUCUAUCUUACGCAACUGGAGUGUAUGUCGCACUGAUGGUAGCUGGUCCUAUUUCAGGAGCUCAUGUCAAUCCGGCAGUUAGUCUUGGGCUACUGGCACUUCGUAAACUGAAACUGCUGCAAUGUGUGAUGUAUAUUUUUGGUCAAAUAGUGGGUGCUUUCUUAGCCAGCGCUAUGGUUUAUCUUGUUUAUAUAAGCCAGUUUAAUCUCUACGACGGUGGUAUUCGACAACACGAAGGUCCAAAUGCAACAGCAGAUAUCUUCUAUACAGUACCAGCCGAAGGUGUACCCAAUUGGAAUUGUUUGCUUGAUGCGAUUAUUGGUGCUAGCCUCUUGAUGAUAUUCAUCAUGGCACUUGGAAAUGAUUAUAAUCAUUUGAUAUCCAACGCGGCGAAACCAUUUUCUUUUGUUCUCAUGGUAACAACAUUCGGUUUUGCAAUGGGCCUCAAUUGCGGAAAUCCAAUCAACCCUGUACGCGACUUUGGACCACGUUUGUUUGCAUCGAUCAUCUACGGUCCAGUGGUCUUUCGUGCGAAUCAGUACUAUUUUUGGAUCACAAUUGUCGGUCCAAUCAUCGGUGCACUGAUCGGUGUAUAUAUAUUCGAAGGUUAUUUAAUUCUCAUGAAGAAAUAUGCUAACCUGCCCGGUAUUACACAUAUCGAUGCUAUAGAACAACCUGACCAAGGAAAACAUCAUAAGAAAACACACCCUGUUCACACGCAACUUAGAAGUUUACUGAAUAGCAUAACAAAACGCGGUGAUAUAAUGGCAAAAGUAAGAGAAUUACAACAAUAUCUUACGCAAGGUUUAGCAGAAUGCUUUGGAACAUUCAUGUUGAUUCUAAUUGGUGAAUCAGCUAUCGCUCAAUAUAAACUCUCUCGCCAAGGAAGCCAUUCGACGAUCACCAUCAAUCUUGCAUUUGGCAUCGGUGUUUAUACAGCAAUCAUGAUUGCUGGACCUGUCAGCGGUGCCCAUCUAAAUCCUGCUCUGAGUAUUUCACUGUUGACGGUUCGUAAGCUGAAACCUAUACAAUGUCUAAUUUAUAUCAUCGGUCAAAUGAUUGGAGCAUUUCUUGGUGCAUAUGUUGUCUAUUAUCUGUACUUGAGUCUGCUUAAUGACUUUGAUGGUGCCAUACGACAAGUCUCGGGCAUCCAAGGCACGGCUGAUAUAUUUUUCACUAUGCCAACCCACGGUGUGACAGGAUUGAAUUCAUUCUUUGAUCAAGUUAUUGGUACAGCGGUUCUAAUGAUUUUCGUUAUGGCUUUAAUAAACGAUACUAAUCGCAUGAUUUCCGAUGUUGCUAAACCAUUUGCAUUUGUUCUCAUUAUUGUUGGUAUUACUUCGGCAUUCGCUGCGAACGCAGGUGCUGCAAUCAAUCCGGCUCGUGACUUAGGCCCACGUUUAUUUGCGGCGUUCGUCUACGGUUGGGGAGAAGUUUUCCGCGCACAUAAUUACUUCUUCUGGAUUCCUAUUAUUGGUCCCAUUGUUGGAGGGAUCAUCGGUGUUUGGUUAUACGAAGGAUUUUUCUCCAUUGUCAAGCGUUAUGGAAACUUACCGGUAACAAAGAAUGAAUCAAAUGAAUCGUAUUCCAAGGUGAAAUGUAUCGAUGAUGAUGAUAAUGGUGUACUUACUCAUGAACUUACAACGAUUCGCACUUAA